ACAUGUUGCUCAGUCCUGUGGGCGGCAGCGGCAGCGGCACGGCCCUCCUGAAGAGCCCCCUCUACCAGUCCCUGGGAGGCUGCCUCUCUCUCAGCUUCUACUAUACGUUGCACGGCGUCUCCAACGACACAGGCCUGAGAGUGUACGCAGCGCAGCCAGGGGGUGAGCUGGGGCCCGUCUUGCUGAGUUUCACGGGGGAACAUGGACCCAACUGGAAGCCGGGAAGAGCCACCUACUCGGGGAGAUCAGAGAACAUCCAGUUCAUCAUCGAAGGGACCUACACAGGGAAGCCUGGCGUUGCGGUGGACAGCGUGAGGAUCUCGCCCUGCGAAGAGACUUUCGCCGAAUGCAACUUCAACAACGAAGCUGAUCCCUUCUGCGGCUGGAUGCAGCCCAGCGACAACGCAGGAAACUGGACGUGGGCAAAGGGGUGCACACCGACAGAAGAGACGGGGCCCCCGGGCGACUAUCCCGACGGCGAUAUUUCAGAUACUUGGCCACCGGUCGAUAGGCAGGUGGAUGUGGGUUUUGCCCCUGGGCUAGGUGGUGAACAGAGUCAUUGGGGCGAGGGGCUGCCCCCUUGCUCCCCUUCUCUUUCCCCAGAGGGCCACUACGUCUACGUGGAAGCAGGUUGCACGAAGCCAGGCCAGGCCACGCGCCUGUCCAGCCGGGGCUUCUGCACGGACACCGACGCCUGCGUGGAGUUCUACUACUACAUGCACGGCAUCGUGGAAGUCGACACCCAGCUCCGGGUCCUGGCGCACGGGCCGUCUGGACCCACCACCCUCCUCUGGAGCCGGACCGGGAUCCAGAGCCCCGCCUGGCUCUUGGGGUCUGUGACGGUGCCCUACGGGGGACCCCAGCCCACCCAGGUCGUUUUCGAGGUCGUCCGGGGCAGCAACCCGUAUAUGGACGUGGCGCUGGACAACAUUUCCAUACGGAAGGGAGCGUGCGCAGGCUCUGCGACCCCAACACCCCCACCCACCUCCUCAGCUGCCACAACGACCACCACAAGCAGACCCAGCCCCAUAACAACCACUAGUGGGACCAGCCCCACAACCACCACCAGUCGACCCAGCCCCACAACCACUACCGGGACCAGCCCCAUGACCACCAGUGGAUCCAGCCCCACAACCACCACCAAUCAGGAGACCUGCACCAUCUCCGGAGACCCCCACUACGCCACCUACGACGGCCGCCGCUUCGACUUCAUGGGCACCUGCACCUACCUUCUUUCCGCCCCCUGCAACGCCACCCCGGGGCUGCCCACCUUCAGGGUGGAGGCCACCAACGAGCACCGAGGCGACAACAAGCAGGUCUCGUACGUCAAGUCCGUCAGCGUGGAGGUCCAUGGGACACGGAUCGGGCUGCUCAAGGGGCGCAGAGUCACGGUGGACGGCCAGCGAGUUACGUUGCCGGUUUCCCUGGCCAGUGGGCGGGUGUCCGUGCGGCUGAGCGGCACCUUCGUCCUGAUCCAAACGGACUUCGACCUCUGGGCGCGCUUCGACGGGAACCACCACGCGGAAGUCUCCGUCCCGGAGGCCUACUUUGGGCAGCUCUGCGGCCUCUGUGGGAAUUACAACGGACAAUCUUCUGAUGACAACCUGAUGCCCGACGGCGCCUCGGCCGGAAACGAUGCCAACAAGCUGGGCGAGAGCUGGCAGGUCCCAGGCGCCACAGACCCAGGCUGCACCAACUCAGGAGACCCCGGAGAGUGUGACAAGGACAUCGAGGCGGAUGCUAAGAAACCUACUAGUUGCGGGAUCCUCACAGACCCUCAAGGUCCGUUUGCCCCAUGCCAUAGCAAGGUGCCCCCCGAGGGGGCGUUUCAGAACUGCGUGUACGAUCUCUGUGGCACCGGGGGGGACACAGGCUCUCUCUGCUUCGCCCUGCAGUCCUACGCCGACAGGUGCGCCCAAGCCGGAAUUCCCAUCGCCUGGAGGAACAACAGCUUCUGCCCCCUGAACUGCCCUCCUGGUAGCAGCUACACAUCUUGUGGGCCAGCCUGCCCUGCCACCUGCAUUGAGCCCACCUCCAGGAACAGCUGCGACCUGCCCUGCGUGGAGGGCUGCGCCUGCAACGAGGGCUUCGUCCUCAGCGGAGACCAGUGUGUCCCCCUCAGCCAGUGUGGCUGCACAGACCCCGGCGGGCAAUACCAUCCGGUUGGUGAGAGCUGGAUGGGGAACAGCAACUGCACCCAGCGCUGUACCUGUGCCCCCCUCAACAACAUCACCUGCGAGGAGUGGAGCUGCAGCCCCGUCCAAGAGUGUCAGCUCGUGGAGGGGCUCCUGGGUUGCCAAGACACCGGAGUGGCUGUCUGCCACGUGGCCGGCGACCCCCACUACUACACUUUCGAUGGCACCAUGGUCUCCUUCAUGGGCACCUGCACUUACACCUUGGUGACGGUGUGCCACAGCGACCCUCGACUCCCGGCCUUCAACAUCACCGCCAAAAACGAGGAGCGGGGCCAGCCCGAGGCCUCCUACCUCCGCCUCGUGACUGUGGAGGUCGCCGGAGCCACCGUCACCCUGCAGAAAAGUCGGCGGGUGCUGAUAGGUGGCCAACGUGUCCGGACCCCCGUGGAGGGCCGCAUUCCUGGCGUCUCCAUCACCACCAGCGGGAUCUACGUGGUCCUGGAGACCGAUUUCGGGCUGGUGGUCAAGUUUGACGGAAACCAUCACCUGGAGAUCCAGCUGCCGGGAACGUACUUUGACAAGGUAUGUGGGAUGUGCGGCAGCUUCAACAACCAGAGCGGAGAUGACCUCCUGAUGCCCAAUGGACACUUGGCCGCCAACGCCAGCCAGUUUGGGAACAGCUGGAAGGCACCUGGGGACGCUGACCCGGGCUGCCAGCCGGACAACCGCGAGGACCUGGAGCCCCCCUGCUCGGCCCAGGAGAUGGAGCGCCUUCGCGGCCAGUGCCGUGAGAUCCUGGGGCCCAAGUACCAGCCCUGCCACGCCACCAUCGACCCCCAGCCCUUCUUCCAGAACUGCCUGUUCGACAUGUGCGAGUACCAGGGCAUGGCCUCCGUGCUCUGCGACAACAUCCAGUCCUACGUGGAGGCCUGCAAGAGCCAAGGCGUGGACAGCAUCUCGUGGCGGAACAGCACCUUCUGCCCCCUGCCCUGCCCCACUCACAGCCACUACACCGAGUGCUCCUCUCCCUGCCCGGCCACUUGCUCCAACCUCUACGCCCCAGCCAGCUGCCAGCGCCCCACAAGCUGCGUGGAGGGGUGCGCCUGCGACCGGGGCUACGUGCUGAGCGACGACAGCUGCGUCUUGAUGCGGGACUGCGGGUGCCUGAGCGCCCAGCACGAGUACUACAACCCCGGAGAAACCUGGGUGACGGCCAAUUGCCUCGAACGCUGCACCUGCGUCGGAAAUGGGAAGAUCACCUGCCAGCCCUUCCGGUGCUUGGAUGGGUCCGUGUGCGCCCUCAGCAGUGCGGGGCUUCGCUACUGCCGUCCAACCCGAUUCCACCAGUGCGUGAUUUCAGGAGACCCGCACUACAACACUUUCGACAACUUCGCCCACCACUUCCAGGGGCGUUCCACUUACACCUUGACCAGGACCCUGGGUGACCUUCCGGAGUCUCUUGAACCCUUCUCCGUAGCGGGCAGGAACCGCCGCCGCUUCCCAUUCCAAAGCUUCUCCUUCCUGCGCGAGGUCUACGUCGAAGUGUACGGCUACAGCAUCCAGUUGCUGCAGGGAAGGAAGAUGGCGGUAAAUGGCGUGAUGGUCACCACCCCGUACUCCCCCCGGGACGGGCUCCAGAUCACCCAGAGAGGCCGCACCAUCUGCGUAGACACAGACUUUGGUCUCACCGUUUACUUCGACGGCCAGGACUUUGGUGAGAUCGUCCUCCCCAGCACCUAUCGGAACCAUGUGGGAGGGCUCUGCGGGAAUUACGACGGGCAGCGGAACAACGAGUACAUGAAACCCGACAGAACGUGGACCCGGAGCCUCAACACCUUUGGGAACAGCUGGGAAGUCAUGAUCGACAGAGAAAGGGAGGCUGGCAGCCAUCCUCGCAUCAGGCGUGAGGAACCAUCAGAUGACGCCGAGUCCGGGUUUGAAAUCGCCUGCAGCCCAGAGCAACUGAUGUAUGUCAACGGGACGUCUGUCUGUGGGGCCCUCUCUGACCCCCAGGGGCCUUUCUCCACCUGCCACGGAGUCCUGUCACCCAGCCCUUUCCAAGAGAACUGCGUGUACGACCUCUGCGCUCUCUUCAACGACACUGAGCUCUUAUGCCAAGAUUACGAUGCCUAUGCCAAGCUCUGCCAGGAGGAGGGGGUCACGCUGGGAUCCUGGAGGCAGAAGACAGGCUGCGCAAUCUCGUGCCCGCCUCACACUACCUACAAAUCUUGCAUGACCGCCUGCCCAGACAGCUGUGCCAACAUGGCCGCCCAGUCGGAGUGCGACGCCCCUUGUGUGGAGGGCUGCGCCAGUGACCCCGGCUACAUCCUGAGCGGGCUGGACAGCGUCCCCUACAACCAGUGCGGCUGCACUGACAACAACCAGUAUUACCAGAUCAAUGACACUUUCUUCACGGAGGACUGCUCCCAACGAUGCACCUGCCGCAACACGGGGAUUCUUGAGUGUGAGCCCGUGGCCUGCGCCCAGGGGGAUGUCUGCGCCGUGGCAAACUUCACCCGCGGCUGCUACCGAGAGAGCCCCUGCCUCAGUAACAAUUGCCAGAAUGAGGCGGUGUGUCAGGACACCUUGGACGGCUAUGUCUGCAUUUGCACGGAGGGCUACAACGGAACCUACUGCGAGACUGCCUUCGACGUACAGCCCCCGUCCCCCUCGACAGAUGACAACAACUUGACAGUCAUCCUCAUCGGAGUCCUCGUUCCUCUCGCGUUGAUCCUGAUCGUGGUGACAGGCGUCUGCAUCUAUCAACAGCGGAGGAGCAGGUAUGAGAUUGAGCAGGGCAGGGCAGACACGGUGUGUGGGUGGGGGGGUUCGGUUGCCUCCUGCGGUCUCUGGGGGCUCAGCACCACUCUGGAGUUGGCUGAGGGGCCUCAGGGCAACAGGAGAGAGGGGGUUUCAGAGGAGCAAGGUGUCGAUAUUUGUAUGCAACGCCCUUAA